GGAACUUAGCAGUACAUGAAUUUAUAACUUUUGGUUUAAGAACCAACCAUACAGAGAGCGACCUAUUUAUUUCGCGAUAACCCCCUGCAAAGCACUUGAUCCAGAGUCCACGACCUAUUCGCUUCCCCAUUGUCCGCCACGCGAUAUUGUAUGCGUAAACGCGCCCGAGCCGCUUCGUCCACGAUCACCAGAAUUACCGCGUCCUUCAGUUCGAACUAAGCGUGCUUAUAAGUCUCUGAAAAUAAAUCAUUACCCUGCUACGACUGCUGCGACUUUAGUUGCGUCGCCAUGCCUACCAAAGAUACCAGAACCGCGUCCGGCUUGGGUGCGUCUCCAGAGAUCACAGGUCAAAGCUCUCUUCCUAGUACGUCCAACGUACCCUUGAUGUCCGUAUAUAUCCACUUGCUAAGGCUUUGUUAGUCUCUCGUAUUAAGAAGAUAAUCCAACUCGACGAUGAUAUUGCCCAAUGCUCGAACAAUGCGACCUUUGUCGUCGCAAUGGCUACGGUACUGUGGCUUAUCCCCUCGCCUCGACAAUGACUAAACGGAUUCAGGAACUCUUCAUCCAAUAUCUCGUGGAACAAGGGCAUAAUGUUGUCAAAUCGGAACGGAAACCUCGAAAGACUAUUCAGUACAAGGACUUGGACAACCUAGAAUUUCUCGCCGAUGUCAUACCGAAGACGACAACAUAUAAACAGUUCAAGGAGAAGCGAGCGAAGGAAUCAGGCAAGGACCUCGAGAUCGAAAAAGGACAGCGCACGCUAAACGGGUCUCUACCACCGGUAGCUGAGACAGAGAAGGACAGCCCGUCAGAGACGAAAGAGGCUUCAGUACCCCGCGGAUCAAGGCCUCCGACUGUUAUGAUGCUGGUGGAUGGGCCGGGUGACUCGCAGGCAAGGGAUGACGGUGAUGUUGAAAUGGCAGAUCAAUAA